GCAGUCAGAUGGAGAUAUCAGAUAAUGCUCCAUACAAUGUGAAAGAAUUAAGUUAAUUAAGCACGUUUCUUAGCUAGUCAGAAAACAGCUUGUACGCUUAUGUGCACAACGCACAACUACUACAUGGUCAGCGCGAUCCCGAUGACCCAGGACCAUGAGGUCAGCAUUCCAUGAACACAGGGUGGACAGGAGGGGUGUUCGGGGUAGGAGAUUAUUCUUCUGCAAGCCGAAAGGAGAUUCCAGAUCUACUUCCAAAAAACUUCCAGAAGCAUGUUGCGCUACCUACAGAGAAAUCGACAGAAGCUUCAGGAAGUGCGCUUAUCCAAGUGAGGUUGAAAUUUUCAAGCUAUCGGAGCAGAUCAACCUACCUCCUUCUCAGAUUAAAGCCGAAUUUGCAAAGCGAAGGCUCUCUUACCGCGAACGCCACCACCUGUCUAAAGACGCCCUUGUCCACCCCUGCUCCUUGCCACUCUUCCAGGCACUCGCCACCUUUGUCCAUUCCCAGCAGGCCAUCCUCAAGUCGGCGGUUCUUUUUAUCUCUGUCGCCACACUAUGGUGGACUCAUCUCAUCAAAAUCGGAAGGCAGACAGUCACAGAGCAGAUCUAUGAAUGACAUGGAAAAAAAAAUAAAAUCACAUAAAACGUGUCAUAUUGCUUAAUUUCUUAAUUUUGAAAAAAAUUGUGCACAUUUUUAAUAAAUCUGUCAUUUUUCACUA